CGUGCGAAAGUCGCCCUGGGGGCAGGAAACAACGGCCGGGCGCCUCGCGCCAGCUCUAACGUUGAGCCCCCGGGGCAGAGUUUACGUUGAUAACAAAACAAAAAGAAUGUGACGCCGGAGAGGUUCCUCCACUCGUCCCCCACUUUCCUCGAGGUGCUUCCCGCUGCCCCCCCCCUCGUCCCACGGCCUCGGCGGCUCCGCUUGGCCUCGGCUCGCUGGUGCUGGAGGGGGUCCGAACCUCGAUGUCGUUGCGCGGUCGAGAUGUUUGCGCGCCCACGUGCGCGCGCGCGCGUGCGGCGUUUGCCAUUUAGAACGCUGCCGCCGAUGAAGUUAAAAUCGGCGCGUUGGUGCCUCUCGCUCCUCGGCCCCGCCGCGCUCGGAAGGUGAUGGCCUCCAUACCCCCGGGCCACGCGGGUGCGCAGGGGUCUCGGUGCGGGGACCCGGGGUCAGCGUCCCAGGGCCGUCUCCAUCCUCGGCUCGGCCUGGCCGAGGUCGUCACGGCCUCAGCCACUCUGCCCCAGAGCCGCCUCCCUCCCGAGGGAACCCCGUGGCGGGUUCCACCUUCCCCCGUCGCCACCCCUUCGCAGGUCCCCGCGUCCCGGGUGCCACCGUGCCAGAGUCUCCCUUGCCACACGACGACGCCUCCGUUCCCACAACCACCAGCACCACCAGCACCACCGUCUCGGCCCACAAAGUGCCCGCGGACGGGCGAGGCGGUGGCUGGUGGAGGGCCGGGGACGUCUCCGCCGAGGAAACGGCAGCGCCUCGUGCACCUGUCCACCGAGGAGAAGGCCUCGAGAAGGAAGCUGAAGAAUCGUGUGGCUGCACAGUCUGCCCGGGAUCGCAAGAUGGCACUCAUGUGCGACCUCGAGAAGAAAGCCGAGGAGUUGCGCGCAAAGAAUCGGUUAUUGGUGGAGAAAAACCGGGCUCUGAAAGCGCAAUCUCUGAACCUUGCCCAGCAGAACCUGGAACUCCGGCGUAGACUCUCCAAGGACGUCUUCGAGGAACAGGAGCAGGCAGCGCAAGACAAGUGUUUGGACGACCAUAGUGUGGUGGCCGGGUCCUCCGAGUCAGCAGUGCUCAGGGGAGCUGUACCUCAGCAGUGGGUGCUGACCCGGCCACCAUCACAACUCGUCGUCCUCACUUUUGCGGUGCUGUUGACAGCUCUGCGCACCCCAAGUGUGAUGAUCUGUUUGGUCUCCUGGAUGAGCUGGAUAUGGAUCUGUUUGGAGAUGUUGAUAAGUCUUUGGGCCAAGACAUUGAAGAUAACUCAAGAGGUUCAUCUGGUAAAACAGAAGAAGAAGAUUCCAUACCUACCACCUCAUCUCCAGAUAUGGGGAGCACAUCAGUUGAGCUGGACACCGAUAAUGAUAUGACAUUGAACAAUAUGCAAGUUGAUGGUUUCAUUCAAUAUCUUGAAGGCGUGUCAAAUCUCCAAGACCAAUACUCAAGCCCGCAUGUACUUGUGGGCUCUGAGGGCAAGCAUUGUGUGAACUAUGAGGGAUCUUUAAAAAAGUUACAAGGGUCAAAUUCUUUCCAACUUGGAGACCAAGAACUGCAUUCCCAUUUAAUGGACAGUUUCUGUGGCUGUUUUGUUGCCAAAGAGAAAAAUACGUCUAGUCUAACAAGACAAAAUUGCUUCAUCCAAGUAAAUAGUUCUCAAAUGUUCAUUCACGAUGACUAUGACCUUGCUUUGGCCAAGCAAAGUGUCAACAUGCAGACCAUGCUGCACACAUUUUCUCAAAAUAGCCCUGACUAUGAUGACAAACCAACUUGGAGUUCCGAUUGUGGCUCCCAAGACACAGAGCUGAUUCCCAAAGUCUUGCUUAAAGACCCCAAGGUGCUUUUUGAGGUAUUAGUCGAUGAAUCAUCCUCAGAAACAUCACCUGAUCAUUUAUUUCCUCAAUCAUUUAAAUGCAACUCCGAUGCCUCUGGCUUUAGUAAAAUACCUUCCAGGCAGUACGAAGAAAAUCUAAUCGAAGACGUCCUUGAGGAGCUGGGGUUAUCCAGUCCAGAACGUGGGCUUUCUGCUUCAAUCGGGCCUGCAUCUAAACUUAAAAAGUCAAAUAUUUCUGUAAGCAGAGAAACAUUGUUUCCUCAGUCCACUGAUAUCGGAUACUCAUUUCAUGAUUCAAUAGCCCUCUCAACGGAGAGCUUCAAUUCCUGGGAAAAAUAUUUUGAUUCUCUUCACGUGAUUUAAAUUGUGCAGAGAUAGGUAGGCGACAUUGUUGACAUUGAACUGUUGUGGUUUGCAGCAAAUUGUUCUGGUGACGUGUUAACGUAGCUCUGAUGUUAUUUCGGAAUGUACCGCUAUGCCCGACGUUUCGCUCCGCGUGCCGGCAGUGUCUUCAGGAGUGGAAUGGAGCAGCGUAUGUUUCUCCCUCGAUUAUUUUAGCUUCUCGCUGGUUUGGUGAAUCUGGAACUUAUUUUGAACCAACACGGGACAGGACCGCCGCCUGAAAGGAAUGUUUAAUAAACACCAACCUUGUGUUCCUGCUGCCGUUUUUAUUGACUAGUAUUCACCUGGAGGAAAGAUUCGUAAAAUGCUUAUAUUCUUUGUCAGAUGUAAUUAUUUCAACAAGAACACCUUGACAUUCACAUGUUAUACUGUGUAUUUUUAGCAGCUUGGUAGGCAAUGUGUUGUUGCUGUGUUGGCACUUUUAAGUUUAAAAUUGGAGAACAAAUUUAGCUACUUAAUUUUUUAACAUUAUGAGACCUCCUUUGCCAGAAACAAGAUAUAAGAAAAAGCUUUUACCCUUUUAACUGGCACAAAAAAACUGCCAGUUAAAAGGGUAAAAGCUUUUUCUUAUAUUUAAUUUUUUGUUAUAAAAUUAUUUACUCUUUAUUAUCCCUUGAAAUAGAACAUCCUAAAUUGCAAGAGGUCUCCAGGGUAAAACAAAAUACAAUAAAAAGUAUGUAUUUUAUUAAAAUGUGCCAGUAGGGUAUUCGUUUUAAAGAUGCAUAGAAUGUUCGCGGUUCUGCUGUGUAGCUCGGGCAAUACUCCCGUGUUGUUCGCCAUAAUGACCGAUGUUUUACACUUCGUGCUGGGAGCUUCUACAUGAUCUGCAGUUCCCACCUGCUGGUAAUCGUAUGACUUUCGGAUACCAUGCCGAACAACACGCAAUAAAGUAUAUGAGCGCACAUUAAGUUUGCUUUACCUUUGUAAACCACCUUUUAUUGUGAAAGUCAUACAAUGUAUGUUUCUCCGUACAUUAAUCGGUUUUGCAUGAUGUGCACGCGUUUCUGUUCUUCAAUGAAAUGUGAUAUUAAACUGUUUAAAACGGAA